AUGGGAAAAUCUCAAUCCAAGCUCUCGCAAGAGCAACUCAGCGAAUUGCAGCGAUCAACCCAUUUCGACAAGAAGGAGUUGCAACAAUGGUACAAGGGUUUCUUGAAGGAUUGCCCCUCGGGCAUGCUCACCAAGGAGGAGUUCCAGAAGAUCUACCGCCAAUUCUUCCCAUUCGGAGAUCCAUCAUCAUUCGCAGAUUAUGUCUUCAAUGUGUUCGAUAGCGAUAAAUCCGGCUCGAUCGAUUUCAAGGAGUUCAUCUGCGCGUUGAGCGUCACCAGCAGAGGAAAGAUGGAAGACAAGUUAGACUGGGCAUUCCAACUCUAUGACAUUGAUGGAGACGGAAAGAUCAGCUACGAUGAAAUGUUGGCCAUUGUUGAAGCUAUUUACAAGAUGGUCGGGUCUAUGGUCAAGCUCCCAGCCGAUGAAGAUACCCCCGAGAAGCGAGUCAAGAAGAUCUUCCGGAUGAUGGACAAGGACGAGAAUGGCAGUCUAGACAUGGAAGAGUUCAAGGAGGGCAGCAAGCGAGACGAGACGAUCGUAUCCGCCCUGUCGCUCUAUGACGGACUCGUGUGA